GCGGACCUGACCAGCAGCAGCAACUGAAGCAGCAGCAGCAGCAGCAACAUCGAGCUGAACUCGCAGUAUUUUUGCUCUAAUUUUGGCACACAGCAUAUAAAAGUUGUUUACUUAGUUUUGGGUGCGUCUUUGUGUGUGUGUGUUAAAUAACUAAAAAAAAAUGCAUUUGGCAUUAUCUUCAAGCGCUUUGGCGCUCGUCUUGUUGCUGGUGGCUCAAACUCUGGCAGUGCCAGCCUCAGUGCUGGCUCAGAACACGGAGCUAUCCACAAAUGCCAACAACAAGCAACAAUUGCAACAACAACAACAACAGCAAGAGCAAGGGGAUUUGCCGACAGCUCAACGUGCUGAGGCAGCCACCGUGCCACCAGCCGAUAAAAAGUCCAGCCCGGAAAUUGUGCCCGCUUCCUUUAGCAAUGCGCCCGCGGCACGCAACAAUGAGCCCCGUGCCUUGCCCUAUGCUCUGCCCAGCAACGAUGAAAUACUCGCCGCUGUGGCUGCCGCUGCCCAAAGCAGUCAGCAGCAGCUGCAGGAGGAGCCCACUGCGCUGGAGGAGGCUGUGGCCAGCUCAACGAUGCGCAAGCGUGGUAUUAACUAUGACUACAAUCCUUAUGUGAAUGUGCCCAGCGCUGACUACGGCAGCGACAUGCCCAGCGGCAUCUGGAGCGAUGACUACGAGCAGGCAGCGCAGCCCAGUGCCAACUACAACUACAACAACGAGCGUGAUCUGCAGCAGCUGGAUGACUAUGCACCAGAGCGACGUGUGAACAACGUUGCUGCACGCAACAAAGCGUAUGACAACUUGCUGAGUCUGCUCAAUGCCGAGGCUUACCUGGAGAGCAUUCCGCUGUCUGUGCCAUUGACCUAUGCCAAUCGCAAUUAUAAUUUGGAUGAGCGCAACAAACGUGGCAUUUACUAUAAUCUGGCCAAUGAAGAUGCUGAAGCUGACAAUGUUAAUCUGAACAAAUAUAGACGCUAUAGCGACUUGAGAUUAAAACGCGAUGCUACCAAGCUAACGCCAGCUGAUAUGCUAGCUCUAGUUGCUUUGGUCGAAGCUGGCGAGCGCGCGCGCAAGGACAGUGACAUGGAGGUGCCGCUAGUAGAAGCAGAGGACUUGGAUUACCUGCCAGCAGCUGGCACCUGGCUGGAUGCGCCUGUACAAGUGCAGCAGCCACAGCAACAGGCACCUGCUUUGGUGGACUACUAUGGCAUGCCAGUGGAUGCUCAAGUCAUGUCCAAGUAUGAUUAUGUGCCACGUCAGCCCAAGCAUCAAAGUGGACGCACCAUCUAUGGCUCCUCCAAGCGUUUCAUGGUGUCCAAGAAGAAGCGCUCGGUUAAUCAGAGUCAAUAUUUUAAGCAGCCUGUAGCUGAGCGUGGUCCCAGCUAUAAUGGCGAGAAAUAUUAUUAAAUUUGAAACAUUUUGCGGCGUGUGAGGGUAACAAAAGCUUUUAGGCUGAGCUUUCCUUUCAAUAUUGUUAACCAGCAAAGAAAUUUCCCAAAUUAAAAGAAAUUCAACAUUUUCAUUUUGAAAUCCAAUAUGCAAUUAACAAAUGUCAAAGUAUAAAAAUCAUGUGCAAUUUGUCUAGAAUUAUACCCCAUAUAUAUAAUAUAUAUAUACCCAACUAUGGUAAACUAUUUAUAUUGUGUGUCAAAAACAUAAUCAAAACUCAAUUGUUUCUAAAACACUGAACAGGGUAACGCCCUAACCAAAACAAGCGAACUUAACUAAACUCUUAGUAACAACUUAAACUAAUCCAAACUAAAACUUUUGUCAAUGUCUACAACAAAAUUAUCAAUAACUUAUAUAUAUAUAUACUUUGUGUAAAACAUAUUUAAACAAAACUAGAGGCUUCCCAAGUAGUACAAAAUAAAAGAUUCUAUGAAAAAGAAGAAAUAGCACAAUCGACUCUAAAUGCUAAAUGCUAUUUACUUUAACUAAGCUCAGCAACAUUUGUCUGUUAACAUGCUUUAAUUGUUUUUAAUGCAAAAAUAGUAUAAAAAAAAAUACAUGACACGAAGAAUUUUGAUAACACACAAGCGCCAACUUUAACAGCAAACUGUUAACAGCCUACUGUUAAAUGUUGAAAUUAACUUAAAAAAAAUAUCUGCAACUAUUUAUAUAUACACAAAAUAAAUAUAUACAUAUAUAUAUACUGUAUACAUAUUUGUCAAAAAGUGAAGUGGCUCAGCGCAUAAAUAUUUUAAAUAUUCUAUGCCAAUUUACGGCAAACGGCGUUAUUUAAUUUAAUAACAAUUGUCUGACUGUUUUUGUUCUUAUUUAAAGAGAAAUCAAAG